AUGCUGAGGCAACACUUUUCGUACGAGCUGGUUCGCUACACGCAGGCCCCGCCCGCCUUGCUUCCCAAACAAGCGGAGGAGAGCAGGCCGGAGUUUGCGGCGGAGCAGCUCCAGACGCGGACCGGGUCCGGGACCGGGACUGGGACUAGCCGGGCGAGCGGGAGCAAAAGCGAGCAGCAGCUGCUGCGCCGAAAGAUCAACAGCCGCGAACGGAAGCGGAUGCAGGACCUCAACUUGGCCAUGGACGCGCUGCGAGAGGUGAUCCUGCCUUACUCGACGGCUCACUGCCAGAGCUCGCCGGGGCGGAAGCUUUCCAAAAUCGCCACGCUGCUCUUGGCGCGGAAUUACAUCCUUUUGCUGGGCAGCUCUUUGCAAGAGCUCCGGAGAAUCAUAGGGGAGAUCAGCGGCUCCUCGGGGCCCAGGCUGCUGCUGGCUGGACUGCCUCUCUUCGCUGCCGCCCCGGGCCCCGUGCUGCUUACUCCGGGGACGGUGAGCCACCACCACCUGCACCACCACCACCAUCACCCGGACAGGCUGCGACCGGCCAACAAAUACCUCUCGGCGGCCCUGGAGGAGCAGCAGCAGCAGCAGCAGCAGUGCGGCCCAGUGCACGUGCCCGACGGGGCGACCCUUUGCUCCUGCACCGCUUGCAAGUUCCCUCACUUGUUUCCUUCCGCCUUCGGGGUGGCCGCCGCUGUACAGUUUUCCAAAUGAGCCUGGCCGUCCCGAGCUGAGGAGGGAGGGAGGGAGACGGAGCGGGCCCAGCGGGCUGCAAUCGAAACUGGGGGGAGGACGGGGUCCGGAGGACUCAAGGAGCCUAUUGUUAUUAUGCGCGGUCUGGAUGGAGCAACAGCUGGCGGCAGAGAGACGAGAAGGUUUAACACCCUGAAAAGGACGGUUUUGCACGUUUGGAUGCUGCGAUCAUUGGGACAAAAAUCUGGUUUUGGCCCUCGGGUACAAUUGGAAGGAGAGGGUGAGAAUGGUAUUAAAUAGGUCCAAAUAAACAGUCCAACUCUUAACCCAAGCUGGCCAGGUGAGGAAUGCAGCUUUGCACAAGACAUGAAAUCAAUAUGAAGUCUGGUAACAUCUAUACAAGAUUUCAUGGAAGUCCAGAACAGGAAGACGCUUUCCUCUGCUUGCUGCAAAAUCCAAAUGAAAGCAUUCCAGACAAAUGGCCGCCCAGCCUCUGACUGAACACAUCCAGCAAAGGAGAGUCCCAGCCCUUGGCAUUUGGAACUGCUUUGUCCAUUGGAAUAACUUCCUGUAAUUGGCCAUCUUAAUCUAGGUCCCACACUCUGGGAUGCAGAGACUAAGUCAUUCUUCUAUAAGAGCCGUCUUCCGGCACUUGGAAAGUAUGAUUCUAACCAUCCCCAGUUAUUUCUGAAGGCUUAAACAUGCCCAACUCUUAAUCUUAUAAGGCAAGCAGGAUUCACACUACAGCAGUGACUGUUGGCAUUAAUACAGCACAGAGAGAAGUUUUCAAACAGUCCAAUCAUGGCCUUGUGACAUUGAGAAAUGUCAUAAGAUUCUAGUUGAGAACUUGGCUAAAUAUUCAGUGUUUGAAUAAUCUGGGUAAGGUUUUAUACUGGGCACCUGUUCCAAUAUUUCAGAGCCUCUCUUAAGUGGCAGUGCCCAGCAACUCUAUGAUACUAAGAAUGUAAUAUAAUUCUUUACUUCUGGAAUUUAGAAAAUAUACUAAACUCUAUUUGCCUUUUCAGCAUUUAUGCCAACCGAUUCAUAUUUGGCAACUGAUUCCCCCAUUCAAUAUCUUUUAUUUGAUUUCUUUUUCUACAUGAAGAACUUUAUUAAAUUGCAUUCUUUUUCAGUCAAUAGAUUGUCUUUAAUUUUUUCCUGUCUAUUAAUAUAUUAGCUAUCCUAUUCAGUUUUGUAUAAUCAGCAAAUCUGUUAAGCACUUGCUUCUACCUAUUCAUCCACGCGAAUGAAAAUGAGAGUCAAGCCAAGCCCUGUGACACACCACGAUACUUAACUGCAAUUCAAUGAGUAUUCUUUGAGCAGUGUUAUCAAGCCAGCUACGGAUCCCCAUAACAGAUAUUGCCAGCCAGCCAAUCAAACUAAUCAAAAUGUCAUGUAAUCUUUUUUAAAAAAAUUAGUUGCUACUAAUGCAGUGGAAUUUCCUUUCAAUCAAGAUGUAUAAGAUCACCCUUGUGUCCCUAAUUUCCGAGGUGUGCUUAGGCUUUUUCCCCAUGAAAUCAG